ACAGUGCAACAAGUUCGGUGCUCGUUUCGCCGGCGUCGAGGGUCGUGGCGUCGGUUCACUGACACGGGGCGUCGAUGCCGGGCGAAACGUCGCCGUUUCUCCUUUCCUUUGGCCAGCGUCGUCGACGACGACGGCGGCGCCGAGGUAGCGUGGUUCGUGGCUGUCCCACCGAGCGACACACUCGACGUCGGGACGCCAUCGUCGAAGGACGCAUGAAUAUGUAUACGGCAACCCUCGGUUAUCUCGCGGUCGAAUGAGAGUCUCGGUGUCGAUGGACUCUUAUCUUUUAUUCCGCUCUGAACCCGCGAAAAUUGGUGACCAGUUCCAGUCGGGCAGAACGAUUUCCUGAAAACAGUUUGGUAUGAUAGAUUUUCUAUGUUUCUCGAUUCCGACGGUUUGUGAUGGACGGUGACCAUGUUGGGACCAAGGGUGAAGUGAAGGAGGUCGAUGGUGUUGAACUUCCGGUGGGACAGACUUUGAUCUAACAGUCAGUGAAUACUUGCACCUCCUGCGGCUGACUUUCACUUUCGUGUACGUAUAAGCAAAUUACAUACUUUGCGACACUUUAAACAUUACCAAUAUUACACAGUUGAUUUGUUAAAUAAUAGUCACUAUUAAUACUUACCGUCGAUAGUGUAAUUCAAUUAGGAGACUCUAUUCGGCCGGCGAGUCAUUGUGCGUUCGUGACCUUAACUUCUGGAGGUGUAGCAUAGUGCAACGCGGUGUAAUUACAUGACAUUAAUCUCGACACCACGAGGCACUUCUCGAAUGCAAUGCAUCCAGCCGUUAAAGAAAAAAAUCGUAACGAAAUACCAAAACAAAGUAAAAAACGAAAUUUAAAUCAGUAAUUCAAGCAUAUUAAUAUAUUUCUGUAUAAAUGAUUCAUUAAUUGAAAAAAAAUUGUAAGAAAUGUUCCAUUCGUAGCUGACACUUUUACCUAGUGUACUUGAAAUUCGGCGAGCCAGUUAAUUAAGCAAGAUGAAGGUGGACAAUCGAUUGAUCUGCAGUAAACUGCAGUUAUAAAAUAAAAGUGCAUCGUAAGCAGGGAGAUCGAUCGGGAAUCCCCGGCAAAUCACGCGACACGUGGACGUUUUGGCAUACACGUAGGAGGUCCUUAUUUUCAUAUCCUCUUCCGCAGUCAUACGUACUCGGAAAAAAAUCUGAAACCUUGAAUCCUUACGGAAAAGAAAAAAAAUUCGACGAUCCAUCAAUUUUUGACAAGAGAUUUCACGGUUUGGGUAUGGAAAUCAGGGCCUCGCGAACGCCUCGUCGGUCGGCGUUAGUCGAUCGUCGGUCUACGCGGAAGUAACAAUACUUCUUCGCCCUCGCGUCGCCCUCCCAUUAAAUUACUUUAAUUAUUAGGUAUAAUUCAACCGGAGUGUAAUGAUAGUUUGUAAUUUGUCAAAACUAGAAAUCUCUUGCAAUUAAUACAUUAAAUUAAUUGAACCAGCUAAUGUAAUAAAUUCAAUUCUUAUUCUUCUCGCAUCUUUAGAGAUGAAUGCACGGUUCUCUGAUCCACAGGAUCGGAUCGUCGCCCAGGCAAACGAGAAGAGAUUAGGCGAAAGGCGGGCGGCCUUGUGCCGAUGAUCACCGCUGAAAAUCAUUCGAGUUUGCGUGCCGGCUCCAGGCUGGGGCAAUUCGAGGAGGUAACGGGCGACGGAAGCGUGGGCGGCGGCAACGGGGCUGGUGGAGCCGACGCGACCACUACCUCGGAGCCAGGUGUAAUGAAGAAAGAGGAGCAGGAGGCGGCGCAGAACGAGAACUCCUCGAAGGACUCAACGAAUUCAGUGGUAAUAGCAACUACACCUAGCGGCGUCGAGGCGACGACGGCGACGACGGCAUCGUCAGCGGUGAACGGAAUCAACAGCACCCCUAAGACGACGACGACGACGACGAUGCCUGGUGGAGGCGCUCGCACCGAUGAGGAAGACGACGAGGAGGAGGCCGAGGAGGAAGAGGAGGAGGACGAAGACGAGGAAGAAGACGUGGAAGUGGAGGGUGGAACGGCGCAGGAGGCGGUCGGUGGCGGUCUUCUGGCGAACGAGGGUGGGGGUGGAGGCGGCAUGGCCGGCUUCUGGAGGCAGAGCAGACCCUCCAGUCCCCGCAUGCCGCCUCCGGAGCAGCCGGAGCACAGGCCUAAGAGCCGACACGAGCCGGCGCCCGCGAGAUACAACAACCUCGGAUACUGGAGGGCCAGACGAGUGACAUUCUACAAAAAUGGCGAUCCGUACUUCCCCGGCAUCGAAUUCAGGUUCAAGCCGGGACGGGACAUCGGUUCCCUGGAGGCACUCCUGGACAGGCUGUCCCUCCGGAUGGACCUUCCCAGAGGCGCCAGACACAUCUUCUCCAUGGAUGGUGACCGGAAGAUCACCCUGGACGAACUCGAGGACGGAGCCUCGUACGUCGUGUCGAGCUACAAAACGUUCAAGCCGGCCAGCUACGGGAAGAAAAGCAACACCUGGUACACGAGUCCAAGCGGCGGAGGCAGCAGAGGUGGAGCAGGUGUCGGAGGUGGUGUCGGAGGAUGGCAAAGUAGACCACCGGCAGUGGCGAGCCUCAGCAGGAAAGCUUCCAUCACCGACGAAGCACCACCUCCUGGCGGUGGAAAGCCUUCCUCAGGACGCGUCAUUAGAAUCGUUAACAACCACGAUCACACAGUGCAGUGUCGAGUUCUGUUGAAUCUUCGCACUUCCCAACCGUUCGAGGAGGUGCUGGAGGACCUUGGACAGGUACUAAAGAUGAAUGGGGCCAAGAGGAUGUUCACAGUUUCGGGUCAAGAGGUGAGAAGUUUCUCCCAGCUGAGGAACGAAUUCGCGGACGUGGAUACGUUUUACCUGGGCACAGGAUCUGGCAUCGGCAUGGCUGGGACCGUGACCGCGUCUCCUGCGAGGAGGUCCAGAUCGCGGGGACCACCGACCGUGGUGGAGGAUAUCGGCCGUCAGAGACGCGCACGCAGCAAAAGCAGACCGCGAGCUCUGUACGCUCCCGAUUCAGACGUCGUCCGAGUAAACGAUUACAGCGUGGUCGAGGUGCUGCGAGACGAGCCGGCGAGGGUGACUAUCAGAGGAUUGAGGAGGUCUUUUUAUCCGCCCUCUCAUUUGCCACCGGUGGACAAUUCGCCGCCGGAUAAGAAAUUGCAACUUGAAUGGGUUUACGGGUAUCGGGGCACCGAUACCCGUAGAAAUCUGUGGGUAUUGCCGAGCGGCGAACUUUUGUAUUACGUCGCUGCCGUGGCUGUUCUCUUCGACAGAGAGGAAAAUGCACAACGGCACUACGUGGGCCACACAGAAGAUAUCACGUGUAUGGAGGUUCAUCCGAGUAGGGAGCUCGUGGCUUCUGGGCAAAAAGCCGGUAGACAUAGAAAAGCACAACCGCAUGUGCGCAUCUGGUCGACAGAGACUUUGCUCACCUUAUACGUAUUCGGAAUGACCGAGUUCCAGAUGGGCGUCUCCGCGUUAGCGUUUUCGCAAUUGAACGGGGGCAGUUACGUGUUGGCGGUUGACGCCGGCAGAGAAGCGAUACUCUCGGUAUGGCAGUGGCAAUGGGGCCAUUUACUCGGCAAAGUGGCGACCAUGCAGGAAGAUUUGACCGGCGCGGCUUUCCACCCUCUCGACGAUAAUUUGUUAAUUACGCACGGCCGAGGACACCUGACGUUUUGGAAUCGACGAAAGGACGGUUUCUUCGAGAGGACGGAUAUCAUUAAACCUCCGUCCCGUACGCAUGUGACCAGCAUACAGUUCGAACAGGACGGAGACGUCGUUACCGCGGACAGCGACGGUUUCAUCACCGUCUACUCCGUCGACGCGGACGGCGCGUACUUCGUACGAAUGGAAUUCGAAGCGCACAAUAAAGGCAUAAGCUCGCUGGUUAUGCUAUCAGAGGGAACGUUGCUCUCCGGUGGCGAGAAAGACCGCAAGAUCGCCGCGUGGGAUUCCCUUCAGAAUUACAAACGUAUCACUGACACGAAAUUGCCAGAAGCGGUGGGUGGAGUUCGUAGCAUCUAUCCUCAGAGACCAGGUCGGAACGACGGGAACAUUUAUGUAGGAACCACCAGGAAUAAUAUCUUGGAGGGAUCUCUUCAGAGAAGAUUUAAUCAGGUGGUGUUCGGUCAUGGGAGGCAAUUAUGGGGUCUCGCGGUCCAUCCUGACGACGAGGUGUUCGCUACAGCUGGCCACGAUAAGAAUAUCGCGCUCUGGAGAAGACACAAGCUUCUGUGGACCACGCAGGUUGGCUUCGAGUGCAUCUGCAUAGCUUUUCACCCGUUUGGAGUAGCCCUCGCCGCUGGUUCCUCGGAAGGCCACCUCCUGGUUCUCGCUGCGGAUACGGGAGCGGCUGUGGCGACUCUUCGAGUCUGCGGCUCACCUCUAUCAUGCAUCGGCUACAAUCCUACGGGAGAAAUAGUGGCGAUGGGCUCUCAGAAUGGUAGCGUGUAUCUCUUCAGAGUAUCUAGAGACGGAUUCUCGUACAAGAAGAGCAAUAAGAUCCGCGGGACGCAGCCGUUGGUGCAGCUCGAUUGGAGUUCCGACAGCAGAUUCCUUCAAACGGUCACCCAGGAUUACGAUCUCGUAUUCUGGGACGUGAAAGCGUUGUCGUCGGAGAAAAGUCCGUUAGUGAUGAAGGACGUAAAAUGGUACACCCACAACUGCAUGGUUGGCUACAUGGUAUCCGGUAUGUGGAAUAAUCGUUAUUAUCCGCUGACGACUGUCCUGACUACGUCAAGUAGAUCAGCAGCCCACGACAUGUUGGUCAGCGGAGAUGCCGAAGGUUACCUAAGGCUCUUCCGGUAUCCGUGUACCAGUGCGAAAGCCGAAUACGUCGAGGAGAAGGUGUACAGCUCGUUGGUAGCGUGCGCCAGAUUCCUCUACAACGACCAAAAUGUCGUCACCGUCGGUGGAACCGACGCCGCGCUGAUGCUUUGGGAACUGGUCGACGAAUAAGCAAAUGAGCAACCGUUUGCCAUCAAUUUCGCCUCUGUCUUCUAUCAGGUCUGCAUAAGAUCGCGAUGAUUCGUCAUAAGACUUUUUUAAUACCCAUCAGCGAGCGCGCGACGAACGAUUUAUCUUAUUGCACUGGGUAUGGUUCAAUAACGACGCGCCAGCGAUUCGUAUCGAUUGGAUCGAUACUUAUCGUUAACAAUUUUUACAAACACUCCCACCCGACGCCGUUUAAACGUGCAUACUUUUCGCUUAAUGACGAGCCGACUCUCGUCGUUUCGCUGUCCGAAAUAUAUUCUUAAGAACGUCGAUGCUCUGCUCGACACUUAGGUGAAUCUUGUGGAAGGUAUCAAACUUCAAACACAGUUUCAGCGACCAGUAACGAUCAAGACGAAGAUACAAAACCCGAAGCAAAGCGAACUCUCGAGUAAUUGUCGGCUGUUCACUUUACUUUAAUUUACUUCGAGUAUUGUAAUCCGAUUACAUGUUCCCGACUCGAAUCACGUAUUUUCGUGUUCGAUUCUAUCCUCGUUGAAACUCGCGGAAGGAGUAAUUUGAUAACCGUCAGAGAGGACUGUCUACUGUUUUAGUGAAAGGAAGAUAUGAUCUAUGAGAAGACCCACUAACAAUAAGCCUCGAAGUUGUACCUUCGGGCACGCAAUAACUUUUUAAUAACUCUACCGCUCCCUCAUAGCAUCCGAUGAAUUUUACCAGUCGAUUACCCAUGAAACAAUCCGUACGCAACGUUUCUAGUAAUUUUUACCUCUCGCAACAUUUAAACAGAAUCUCUCACGCCCCGUUCAAGGAUCUAUCUUCCCUUCCCUCAAUUGUUUUGUCAUUGUCGACUUCUUGUACACGUUUUUUGACGAUAAACUCGACGAACGAUAACGUUAUCACGCAGUAUACAUUAUUAAUGCCGUAAUGGAAACAAUACGUAAGCGUAUAGGCACACGUUCAAUGUGUAUCCCAGUAGGAUAAAUGAUAUAAAGUGUUGACACGUUCGCGAGCGUGCAAAUUUUUCGGGGCGCUGGCGCCCCUGGUAGAUUUUAAACGACGAGAUAAAUAGAUGUAUUGUAUGUAAACGAAAUAACCGGGACGAGGAAUAAUUAUUAUACGAAAACACGAACACUGACCUUUUUUCAAGCUCUCCGCCGUCUCGUAGGUUUCCGAGAAAAUGCUGUUGCAGGACAACGCGCCACUCCGUCGAUCCUCCUUCACUUUGUUCACACAUAUUUCUAAAUAGAUACAAGAUCGAUAAAAUCAUAGAAAAGAGUAUACAGAGUUUAAGUGAUAUGUUAUUAUCAGAGAUGAAUAGGGAGACUAACGACACGAGGGCGGUUGAAACCAAGCCAAAUUUUGACAACUGCUGACGAUCAAAUGGGAGUGAUAGAAUGUGUUAGUAGAAAUGUGCCUAUAAAAAUUUGGCUCGAAUUCAAUCGCGCUAUUUCGCCAAUCUCCGUACUCGUUUGUGUUAUUAUUAAAAGAAGUAUAUAUUAUAUAUAUAUUUAGUAGUAGAUGCAAACGGUAACACGAGAAACAUGUUAACAAGCUACGUUCGGGAUCGUCACUGCCAUCGCAUCGAUUUCGAAAUUUUUUCGCGACCUGUGGGUGCUUGAAAAUAGUGUAUUUUCUCUGCGGGUGAGCGUCGCGUGGAUAGAAGCUAUUUCAAGGUGCGUAUCGCGGCAGACCUUUGUCUGAAAUUGCAGACGUUUCAACUGUUCGGACUCUACGGCUACAUGCGACGAUUUUAUAUUUUAUACCAAUGAAAAUUGUGCAUCGAAAUUCAACUACACGUAAACAAUGUUUGGGAUAUCUUAAAAUACUUGUAUGUACAUAAAGAAACGUAACGCAAUCGCAGGCAGGACUGAAUUUUGGUUUUCGAUGCGUUCCGAAAUAAAAAAAAAAAAAAAAACGAGAAU